AUGGCUUCGUCAGCAGGAACAAAGGUCACAGACCCGCACAACACCAAGCCCGAAUCCGUAGGCGUAGUAACCUCGGACUCCCUGGCCGCCGAAUCUCUCCAAGAAAGCGGCACCUUCGGCUCCGGCAACCCAAACGCCGCAGCCUCCAAACAACCCUCGCACUCGACAACCACAAACAACACCGACACCUCUGGCGCGACCACCCUUCCCCCCGGCUCCUCCGCCGCCGCGCGCGAUGCGCAAAACGGCCAGGGAGGAACCCAGCCCUUGCAAGCCGGUAAAGAACAAGGCAAGAACGCCGGCGUGGGACCUACAUACAAUACCCCCUCCACAUCCUCAUCAUCAUCAACCGGUCCGUCCUCAACCAGCGGCGCAGCAAACGCGUCCAGCGUUCUGGGAACCGUAGCAGGCGGGUACGCCGGGGCCUCGGAGACGGCGCAGAACCCGGGCGUCAAGCAGCCCAAGGGCAAGAACUUGACCGAGGACAGCAACUUGGAGGGUAAGACUGCUUUUGGCGAGGUCGGGACUGAGCAGGAUCCUGGCCGGGUUGCGGAGCAGGCGUUUGCGCAGAGAGCGGCGCAGCCGGGUGCCGAUGCUGGGUACGAGAAGAGUAAGUUGCAGGAUGGGGAGAGCAAGUUUAGUGGGUUGGGGGAUGAGGCUGCGUAGGAUUUUGAGUUGAAAUGCUUGCUU